GUUCCUCUGUGUGUACUAGCUUACACUUACAGCUUUGAAAAGGAAGUAAAAGAACCUCAGUUGCACAGCAUUUUUAAAAACCAGCCCACACUCUCAUUGCAUGUUUCCUUAAAUUUUUUAGAUCUGACUUUUCAUUGUUAGAUGAGCAAACGUUUUAGCGAACAGGAAAAGUAGGUAACCUUAACAACAUAUAAUGAUGGAUUGGUUCCAUUUAAGUGGCCCAGAAAGUCAUGUCAGUGAGCUACUGUGCACAGACAAAAAGCCUGGAGUGCAGCUAUUGUGAAUUAAAGUAAUUAUAUGUGUAUUUCUUGCCAUAAUUACUCCAAAUGUCUGCUAUGAAAAGGUCUAUGUGUGGUUUGAUCCUCCUUCAUUGCAGUCAACUUAAUACAAUCUGCAGACCUACGGACAAGUACAUGGUUUUAGGUAAUAGAUGUGCCAACAUUCUCAGUUUACACCUGUGAAGCCUCUAAGAUAAUGGAUGAUCUAUUAUCCUCUGAAGGGAUGCUGAAUGUGUUUGUGGUGAAACACCAUUAACCACAAGGACAUUAUUCAUGGCACAUGAAGAAGAAUAUCUAGCUCAUCCACUGCUUGGUAGAUGACCUACAUUUUACUUUACUUAGGUUUUUGGUGCAAUUUGGAGACCAACUUUAAUAAGCUUUUCUUAUUCUUUAUGUUGGAUUUUUCAAGUUUACAAUGUUUACAACUAACUGAUUAAUGCAAAGUAAAAUCCAUCCCCCCAAGUUAUACAAAAACACAUUUAAGUGUGCGGACUUCAGAAAUAUAAGUGUACACUGUCCCCAACUGGCCAAAUUGGUGAACUGCAACACUAAGUUAUGACUAUGCAACAUUAUUUAUGAUGAUCAUUUCAGUGAACAAUGGUUAAUGUCUCUGAAUUGGCAGAGCGCAUUUUAAUAACAAGUACUGUAUCUAUAUGUGUAAAUGCAUUCCUCUCUAUCCGGAGUGUAAUUGUAGAGGCUUUAUUUCACCUCAUGGUGGCAGUGUGGAGCUGUUCUCUUCUAUCUGGUGGACUGCAGCUCCAGAGAUGCUCCUUAUGAUCUGGUGGAGCUACAAUGAAAAAAGGAGGAGGAUAUAUAUAUAUAUUUUUGAAAAUAUAUACAUGCAAAUCUGAUCAACAGCAUGAGGGAUCCAUGAUCUUCUCUUCUGAUAACCUAAUAAACUGCUGAGAAGAGGCUUUUUGGGCCUGUUAGGAUGUCUUCACCUGAAAAUGCUGUGUCACAGGAAGGCUGUGAGGCCUCAGCCCCUACGCUGGAGGCUGAACGGAGGAUUGUUCUGGUUGGGAGGACAGGAACUGGCAGAAGCUCCUCCGGGAACACGCUGUUGGGUAGAUCUGCCUUCUGGGUCGACAUCUCCCCCCGUUCUGUCACCAUGCAGUGCAAAAGACAGUCUGGGGUGUUGGACGGGCAGAGUAUCUCUGUGGUAGACACCCCAGGGUUCUUCAACACAAGCUUGUCCCUUCAGGAGGUCAUGGCAGAGGUUGGACAGUGUGUUGUCUUGUCCUCUCCUGGACCUCACGCCUUUUUGGUAACCCUCCAGCCUGGCAGGUUCACCCAGCAGGAGAGAGACUCUUUAGAGUGGAUCAAAGCUACGUUUGGGUCUGGGGUCACCAGGUUCACAAUAGUGCUGUUCACCUGUGGAGACCAGCUGCAGGGGAAACGUAUUGAGGACUUCUUAGAGGACAGCGAUGAGUUGUCAGAGUUUGUCAGCAGCUGCCAUGGAGGGUAUCAUGUCAUUGAUAACAGUGGACAGGACAGAACUACAGAGAACUCGCAACAAGUUGUGCAGCUUCUGGAGAAAAUAGACAAGAUGGUGGUGGACAACGGAUGUGGAUACUACACCAAAGAGAUGUUUGAGGAAGCUGACAGAGCCAUCAGGGAGGUAAAAGAGAGGAUCAUGGGAGACAAAGUACAGACAAUGUCCCCUCUGAGGGCGGUGGGAGACAAAAAUGAGCAGGUGUCAGAUGCAGAAAGAAAGAGGAGGGAAGAGGAAGAGGCAAGGAAAAGAGCAGAGAGGCUUUUCUGGUGUGAACUGGUGACAGCAAUGGGGAAAGGUGCUGCAGAGGGCGCAGGGAUCAUGGGAAAAGACAAAGGGAAAGGCAAGGCAGUGAAGAAAGUGAAAGUGGUGGAGAGGGCAGCGGCUCUGGCAGCCUCACCACUCUCCAUUAGUUCAGCUGCCAAAGCGGUGGGAGGUGCAGUGAGAGAAGGAAGUAAGGUGUUGUACAAGCACCGAAAGACAUUUCUGUCCUGAGGGUGUGUUCAUGGACAUAAUGAGGGUUAAUGUGUCAAAUAAUGUUGGGUACUUCUGUUUCACAUCUGCACUGUAUUGUUGUAUGUAUGCACAAGCCAUAUGGAAAAGUAAACAUGACGGUGCGUAACACACUGCAUGCAUUUUGGUCAUUAUGAACAUUCAACCACACCUUUGAAAUGAAAGAAUUCACAUGUUGUAAUAAAGAUAAUGUCAUACAAAUGGAGUGCAAUUCAAAUGACUACAAGUAACAUCAUAAAAAUGUGAAAAUCAGGAACAAAAACCCAAAAUGCUGAAAUGCUACUGUCCAAUUUGUAUCCUUUACACAGGAAAAGUUUAGUCAAUGUAGUGGCCUAGGAAAGAAAGAUCUAGUCCAGCUUUGGUUUGAUUUAUGACAUAACAUGUUUAAGCCCUUUUUACUCCCUUGAAUAAAUGCUUGGAACACAAAAGACAGUGAUGAAAUGGAAACAACAAACGGCAGUGCCAUAGGUGGCAAAAGGGAGAACAAUGUUAUCAUAUAGCUAUUCAGGAAGUGGAAGACAGAGGAAGACACUUGAUGGAAGAUUGGAAGGAACAAAUUUAAACACGUCAGUAUUUGUAAUUACUGCAUAUCACUGGGCAAGACUUAGGUGGAGGAACCUGUAACAUGUGACUCCAAGUACCUCCAACCUGUAGUGUGGAAGCUACAGCUACACAAACUAAUUUAAGAGUACUGAAUAACAGUUGGCAUAAAAACAAAUUGUAUUUAGGUGUUUUUAACCCCACUUAAAGGGGAAAGUAAAGGUGAACUAUACAGUAUGUUGCCCAGUCCCUUUAAGUUAAACUUAAAUGCACAUCAGGGGACACAUUUUCAGUGUCACAUUUGCAUUUUACGGAGA